AUGGAUGAUGAUGAUGAGGAAGAGCAUUUGUUGAGGCAAAGAAGAAGGCCCGCGUCAGAGGAAGAUGUAGCGGUGGGAAAAGAAGUUUCGCAGAUUUCAAUCUCCAGCCACUUGAGCAGCCAAUCACUGCUCGUAAACCCCUCGGAGGUGAAGCAAGGAAAGGUGCUUUGCAGCACUUUGAAGAGCACAGUCUGUGUUGCCUUAUGGCAGGGCCAGCAGGUUGCGGUCAAGCAGCUCAAAACCCAGGAUGAGGAGGACUUGGUGGCGGAGCUGUUGCAUGAGAUUCAUGUCCUGAGCGCCCUGCAGCAUCCUUGCCUGGUGAAACUCGUGGGUGCCAACCUUGACAAAGAGGGCCCCUUUAUGCUCACUGAGUACAUGGAGCAUCGCGAUGUUGAGACCUACAUGCAGCAGCAGCGGCAGAAUGCGGAGGAUCCCUACUACAAGCCCAGCUUCGAAGUGGCCAUGGGCUGGGCCUUGAACACCGGACAGGCCUUGGAGUACCUCCAUGGCCUGCCGUGUCCCAUCAUCCAUCGCGACCUGAAGCCGUUGAACCUCUUUUUGACCAAGCAUUUGCACGUCAAGGUGGGAGACUUUGGCAUCAGCAAGGUCAUGCCCUCGACUUCCACUAGGGUCAAAAUGACCGGCGGCGUCGGCAGCUGGAGGUACAUGGCACCAGAGGUGGCCCGCCACGAAGCUUACACGGAGAAGGCGGACAUCUACGCCUACGCGCUGAUUCUGUACUUCAUCUUUUCCGGGAGGCAGCCCUUCCACGCCUGGGAUGACUUGGAGGACGUUUUGAAGGCCUUCAUCCGGGGUGAGGAGCCUCGCCCGGACCUCUCGGUGCGGAUGGGCCGCGAGCUGCGCAGCUUCCUGCCGGAGGUCUGGGAUGACGCAGCCUGUCGACCCUCCGCGGCAGAGUGCCUGCUACGCCUGUCGGACAUGAAGGCGCCAUCUCUGCGCGAGAGUGUGGCAGACUGUCUGUGCCUGAGAUGCCUCCGCUGA